UGUUGCUCUGUGUGUAUGUCAUGUGUAGGGACUUCAGUCGGGUUAUUUCAACCAAACCUUCAAGAAUGUUGACGAGAGGAUGCUUGCUUUAGGAAAAACAUGGACACCUGGAUUCAUCUGAUUACACUACUGUGUAUAGGAUGGAUUGUUUACACAAAUAACAGUGGUCUCCCUCUAGAACUCACUCAGUUCCAGUCAGGAGGUAAUAUCACCUUAGUCUGCAGUUCCAUCAACACCACUAUCAGCACGUCCUUCAGAUAUUGGUAUAUGGAUGAGGUGCGAGUUCUCACGUCAGUGUUUGUAGGUCAUGAUCAUGGUUGUAACAGAAACCCACCCAAUAAUGAUACUGCAUAUCGUUACGACCUAUUCACAUCAAAUGAUGGUAGUGUAAGCUGUGGUGGCAACCAGCACAACAUGACACUAACUACAACUCAAUACAUCCAAGCUGGGGCAGUGUGGCGGUGUGAUGAUCAACGCCAUAGAGUCAGUAACAACCUUACGUUGGUCAUUCCUGGGACUACUGAUAAAUCAACUACACCACUGACUGAUUCAGCAACAACGAUCACCACAGACAGCGAUACUCAUGGCUUUCAUGGGACUACUUAUAAGAGAAGUUCACAGCUGACAACGUUGGCAAAUCUUACAACUAUCAAGUUAACUUCUGCCCCGAGCAACGAUAAUCAAGAUGAUGCCAUGUAUAUCGCUGCGGGGACAGGUGGAGGAAUCUUCAUCCUCAUUAUAAUCGUUAUCUGUGUAUGUGUUGUAAGGACGAGAAGAAAGGGAAACGUCACACAAGAUGUAUCACUGGCUGGGGUUGACGCACCUCAAUACGACACUUUGGCUCACAAUGGCAAUACAGAUCCCUGUUACUCCGAGAUCAAGAAGGAAGCCUCCAGACACUCCAGCAUAAAUGCAAACUGUGUUUACUACAACACUGUGCCCGAGAAUGCUGACUACGAAAAUCCACAAAUGAUAACUUAGAAGUGUGAAAACCACUGUUUUAAGUUGUCAGACCAGCAAAUAUAUAUACAUCCUCCAGUGUUUGUGGCAUUUUCGGCCAAUAUGUUAAGCUAUUAUCAUAAUGACAUUACGCCAUUGGUAUAAUAAAAACAUUUUGUCACUACUGAUGUAUCGUCGUAUAGCAGGAUUAUUCCUGGGUGUUGCAAAAACAAACACCAUGUUUUAUGAAAAUUGUGCAUAGGAGUUACCGCUGUAAAAGGCAAGACAUGCUUAACCUGUUUCGUAACACCUGGUGUCACAACUGAUUUUCAGUGAUGCAUUCAUGCGGUUGUCAUCAUUAUUUUGCCUUUCGGCAGUUAUUCGACACUAGUUCCAUGGUGUUGACGUUUUAAAUUGUAUCAUAACCUAUUUUCAUCUAAACAUCUGAACAGUUGUUAGGACCUGUAUAUAGCAUACAUAUGUGAUUAUUUUAGCUGGGGUUUACUAGCAUCUGUAAUGUAUAUUUCGUGUUUGUGUCACUUCAAAAGUAUCUGUACCUUAUCCCUUUGGAAUCAUUAGUUACGCAAACGGUAUCCACGUAAUAUGUUGUGUAAAUAUCAUGUUCACUGAAUCUCUAACAGGAAAGCGUGAAUGACUGAAAGUCAAUAGUUGAAUGUCCUGAAUUCACAUUAUCUAUUACAUUGUGUGACGUACUGGUUCGGCUUUAUUUGAGUAUCUAUUCAAUGUUUAUUGUCCUCUUCCUGUAGAA